AUGGGACCUCCGAGGCCAUUUAUCGGUACAAGCUCUGCAACGAGCGCAGAAGUUGGUGAAGAAGAUAGACACGAUUGUCUACAAACUGAAGCGCCAUGUACUUCUGCUAUAGUAGAAGAAGAAAUUUUGUUAGAUAGACCAGAUGAACGGGAAAUUGACAAUGGCACUACCGGUACACCAACUGACGAUGACACUACCAGUACACCACAGGUAGUGCCAUCGUCAGAUGGUGAUGAUAUCAUUGAGGAACCAAAGUCGGGGAUGGAGUUCAAUUCGUUUGAAGAGUUAUUCAGCUAUUAUAAGCAUUAUGGUAAAAAAUGUGGGUUUGAGGUGACGACACAAAGGAGUGAGAGGUCAGAGGAUCAGAGUGUCAGAUAUGUCACCCUUGGUUGUGCAUGGGUAGGGAAGGCCCGAAAUAAGAGUUACAAUCUCACCAACCCACGUCCGACAGGAAAAACGAGCAGUAAGGCAAGGAUUAAUGCCUUAAGAGUUGAGGGAAAUAUGCAGUUGACAACAGUCCAUAAUACACAUAAUCACAGUCUCAGCCCAAUGAAAUCCCGCUUCUUUCGAUGUAACAGAGAAGUGAAUGACUCUGUUAAAAGAGCUCUAGACACAAAUGAUUUAGCUGGCAUCCGACUAAAUAAGAGUUACGGAUCUCGUGUCGUUGGCGUAUGUGGCUUUGAGAACCUCCCAUUUUUUAAAAAGGAUUAUCGUAAUUACAUCGACAAAGCACGACAUCUACGACUUGGCUCAGGUGGUGCUGGAGCACUUCAAGAUUAUUUUAUGAGGAUGCAGUAUAAGAAUAACGGAUUUUUUGCAUUGAUGGAUUUAGACGAUAAAGGAAGGUUAAAAAAUAUUUUUUGGACAGAUCCAUGUAGUCGGGCAGCCAACCAGUAUUUUGGUGACGUUUUUGACACCACAUACCUGACAAAUAGGUAUGGGAAGUCAUUUGCACCAUUUGUUGGUGUAAACCAUCAUAGGCAGUCGAUUCUUUUGGGAGUUGGGUUAAUUUCUAGUGAGGACACGGAGACAUUUACAUGGUUAUUUCAAACCUGGUUGCAGUGUAUGGAAGGUAUAGCUCCAAAAGCUAUUAUUACUUAUCAAGACAGAGCAAUGAAAAAUACAAUUACUACUGUCUUUCCAGAAACUCGACAUAGAUUAUGCCUAUGGCAUAUACUGAAGAAAGUCCCUGAGAAGCUUGGGUCAUAUGCUGCAUACAGAAGUGGGCUGAAAACUUAA